AUGGCAUCUGGCACAGAAGGAAGAGGAGGCCUGCUGUGGAGCGGCGAGGGAAGAGGCAGUGAGGCAAGAGGCGGUGAGAAGAGGAGCAGCGUGGGGGUGAUCCUGCACAACAAAGGAGCCAUCGAUGCUUGCUUCAGCUUGGUCUCUCCAACUCCAACUCUGGGCUCCUGCUUCACCUUUUCCCCCUGUCAGGGCCUCAUUUUGCCGGAUGAGUUCCAAGUCAUCCAGAUCUGCUUUGUCCCGGGACACUUCACAGAAGAAUUCCGGUUCAGUGUGGAAGGAUCCCCUGAGCCUGUGACCUUGACUGUCAGGGGCUGUGUCACUGGACCCACUUUUCACUUCGAUGUCCCUUGCCUCUGGUUCGGGGAUGUCUCCUUCGGCUUUCCUCACAGCCUGUCCUGUCGCCUCACCAACACCUCCUUGGUGCCCAUGGCCUUCACCCUCCGCGUGCCCGGGGACGGUGUGGCAGAGCCCAGCGUGCCCAGUGCUGUCCAGGUGCUGGACAACUCUCGCCCCUCCUGGAAGAAGAGAGCCAAGAGGCGCCUCAGGCCCUGCGAGUUCACCAUCAGCCCUUGCAGAGGCACCAUCCCCAUCCGUGCCCUGAGCUUCGUGGACAUCCAGGUCACCCUCUGUUCCAACACCGUGGGCACCUACGAGCUGGCACUGGUGGUGGAUGUGGAUGGUGUGGGCCAGGAGCUGUUGUCACUGCCCCUCAUAGCCAGGUGUGUGGUUCCUCAUCUGCGAGUGCUCAACCCCGUGGUGACCUUUGGCCGCUGCUACCUGCAGUUCCCUGCCCGGAAGAUGCUGACCCUGGUGAACAACAGCGACCUGCCAGGCUGCUACGGGCUUCUGCCUCAGGAGCACCAGGAGGAUGCUGCUGUGCUGUACUCCAGCCCCGUGCCCUGUGGGAUCAUUCAGCCUCACAGCUCCGUGGAGGUGCCCCUGAGCCUGGAGGCACAGGUGACAGGGGAGCAGUACACUCCUGCCCGGGUGGCUGUGUUUGGGCGUGCAAGGCGACCACUGGAGGCCUCACGGAGUCUGCACCUCUGCAAUCAGACGAUCCCUGCAGCCUUCCACGCAGAUGUGUCUGGCAGAGGCUCGUGCUGGAGGAUCGAACCCAGCCAAGGAGUGAUUCCCCCCGAGAGCGAGGUGUCAGUGUCUGUCAUAGCAAACCUGGCUGACACUGAGCAGUUCCAGGCCGAGGUGCAGCUGCUGGUGGAGCACAGCCGUGGCUACGUCAUCCCCGUGCAGGCCGUCGGCGUCGGCACCACCAUCGUCACCGACAGACCCUUGGCUCCGGCGCUCAAGCUGGGCACUGGCUUCAGGUAG